AUGACCAAACAAAAAUGAAAAAUUAUGGAGAAAUUGAGAUACAAACACGCCUCUCCGCUCCUCUCAUUCCCUCUCGUUCCGCUGCUCUGAUCUGAGGGCAGCACCUUCCCUGCAAUACAAAAUCCCUAAAACCUAUUCUUCCAUCGCCGCCGUCGCCUCCCCCUCCUCCUCCUCCUCCAGAUGUCGCCGCCUUCAGUUCUUCCUCCUCUCUUUCUCUGCAUCAUUCUCCUCUUCAUCCCGAUCGUCUCGCCGGAGACCAAAAUAUCCCAUUCCAGUGGAAGAAAUAGACCGACCGCGACGGAAAAUCCGUCGCCGCAGAACGAACAGUCCCCUUCCGAUGGCGCGACGGCGAAUCCGAUGCCGCGUAAACACUCUAAGCCUUUAUACGCUCGCGAAUUUCUGACAGCGCAUAACAAAGUGAGGAUGAACGUGACGCAUCCUGCGUUAAGUUGGGACAGAGGAUUGGCUCGAUACGCGCGUCGGUGGGGAACGAAGCGUACUUUUGAUUGCAAAAUGGUUCACUCGUAUGGUCCGUAUGGAGAGAAUCUGUUUUGGGGAGCGCUUGACCACUGGACGCCGACAGACGCGGUGGAAUCGUGGUCGAAAGAGAGGAGACAUUACGAUGCUCAAACAAAUUCCUGCGUCGAGGGUGAAAUGUGCGGCCAUUACACGCAGGUCAUUUGGAGAGAUACUACCAAACUUGGAUGCACUCGCGUCAGGUGCCAAACUGGUGGCGUUUUGAUCAUCUGUGAGUACGAUCCCCCAGGAAAUUAUGUUAAUGAGAGCCCCUUCGAUACCGUAAAUGCCUCUGCCACACCCCCAGCCGCUACACCCACACCCACACCCACGGCCGCCGGUACAGCCACAGCCGCAGCCGGUACAGCCACAGCCGCAGCCGGUACAGCCACAGCCGCAGCCGGUACAGCCACAGCCACAGCCGAGGGCGGAGGCGGAACCGUCGCCGUUGAUCUGAAUUCGAAAGUACCUGAACCGUCACCGCCGUCUAACGAACAAAGCAUCUCGCCUCACCGGAAAAUCAUCGGUUGAUCUUCGAUCUUCGAUCUUCGAAACGAUUGGAGAUUGGUAUGGGAAGGCCGAACUCCUGAGAAUCGGAUAGGAAAGCCACCGCCCCGACACCUCAGUGAACGCGCCAUAAACUCCGAUUAUCUCUCCUUUUCUUUGCGAAAAAAUGACGAAUCUCAAUCUGCUCCGUAAGGCGCUUGGAUCGCAC